AGCAAAUUUUAAAUUAAGUAGUUUAAACUCCAUUUGAUGAUAUGGUCUCAAAGGAUAGUUUCGUGUUGUACGCAGUUUUCUUUGUGUUCCGUGCCGGUGCAGAAACAGUGGAAGAUUUUACUUCUCUUUAUUUGAAAGAGUUAGGCUACGAUGAAUUUUACAUCGGUUUAAUACCUUUGUUUGGUCUGGUGACACAGUUGACUGGCGUUCCUAUUUGUGGUUAUUUGGCAGAUAAAUUUCAAAUGCUUAAGUUUAUUUUAAUUUUGUCAGUUUUGAUAAACAUACCAACAGUUUUGAUGUAUGUAAUUCCCAGAGAGAUAAAUUUACCAUGCAAAAAAACGACUCAGAAAGACGAAAGCAAGUUAUUUUACAACAAGACACAAGCAGAGUUCAUAAAUCGGUCCUUAAAUUUAAAGGAGUACACAAAUGCAAGUAAUUAUAUGACUUUAAAUAACUUGACAGACUACAAAGACGCGUGGAGCGAUGGUAGUGGUCUGCGACUUUGGUAUUUUGUGUUUUUAUGCUUUUUGAGUGGAAUUUUUGAACUAUGUCGAAGACUGGCAGUUGGAUUGGUAACUGUUGCUGCUGUAAAUUAUGCUAAUAAUAACAAAUUCAAGUUUACUUGCUGCUUUGGAUGCGGUACUAUAGGAGCAGGAUUAACAAUUUGUACUGUGUCAAUUGCUGCAGGAUAUUUUAAAUAUACGAGAUGUGCUGUAGAAACACCAAGUUUUUCUAUUGCAUUUCCAGUGGCAGCAGCUCUGCAUUGUUUCAUGUUAUUUGGGGUAAUGUGGUUGAAGUUUGAUUACGAAGAAAAGACGGAAAAAGUUUACUUAAGUGAAGCUAUUAGGACUUUAAUGAAACGGGAACAUAUUCUUAUUCUGUGCAUUGGUUUACACGUGGGUGCUUGUGACGGAUUUUUUAGUCGUUGGCAGUAUUGGUAUUUGUUGAAAAUUGGUGCAAGUACAACAUUUAUGGGUGUAGAAAGACUUCUAAAGCGGCUGAUAUUGGGAGCAUUUUGGUAUCUUGCUACUAGUCAGGUACUUAACCGUUUGGGGAAGCACAUUACAAUGACACUUUCUCUUCUCUCGUUUGCUGUAUCAUUUGCUUUUCUUGCAUUGAUGGAAAAUCCAUGGCUUGUAGUUUUUGUUGACAACUUUGAGUACCCAGGCUAUACCUUAUUUUUUACAGCUGCAGUUUUUCAUUUCUCAAAUUCGGAGUCAGAAUCACUGUUUGCACACAUUCAAGGUAUGCUAAGUCUUAUUAUAAAUGGUAUCGGUAAGGAUGUUGGUUCAAUGUUAACUGGAUACUUAUUCAAAGAAUGUGGCAUCCGAAUUACAUUGUACGGAUAUUCAGUCGUCUCUCUUGUAUGGUGUAUAGUCCUUGUAGUUUAUACAUUAAAAAGUCAAGAGGCUCAUCAUUACGAACGAGUGGAAAUAGAAAAAGGAAUGGAACUAAAAAAUACUAAAGAGAUCGCUAAGCAAUAAUCAUGGUGUGUGCUUUGAAGUAACAAAAAAAGUAUCGUUUAAUGAUAUUUACAUAUUUAAAAAUUCAUGGUUAGUACAAUUUGUACCGUAACGAUUUUUAAUUGUGUGAUGCAUAUUAAAAAAGGCCAAUGUUUAAAGUAAAAGAAAGAA